AUGAACUCAUCAGAGUUAUCAUUCAAUGGUGGUUCAUUUGGUCCAGGGAAAUACAGAAACAAAACAAGUCUAACCGAAUUGCCGAGCUUACCAAAUCAAGUAUUACCAUCAUCACUGACCAUAUCAGAACAUUCUAUAAGUCAAGAGGAUAAACAUGAACCAGAACCAGAGACAAGUUAUGUGGAGUUUGAUCUUAGUGGAAUGGCCAAUAGGAAUUCUACUCUGGAUAGUUUAGGAUUGGUAACAGAGAAGACCAUUAAUCGAGAAUCACCCAUUAAUAUCCAUAAACAAGAAGAACUCGAUAAUACACCAAUUAAAGUUGAAUCCGAACCAAUUGUAGAGGAAGAUGAUGACUUCUUCAAUACUGCAUCAGACUGGAAAGCUAUGAAAACCAUAGCUGACCUUGACUAUUAUAAUGAUAAAGGAGAAUUAGAAUAUUCUAAUCAUGUCAAUGAUAGCAAUCCUAAUAAACAAACAUAUGCAUAUACAAAAAUAGACACAGAAGAACAAGUUAACAAGUAUUCGGAAAUGGAUCAAAAGACUGACUUUUUAUUUAGGUCCAGAAAAGAUAAUGCCAAUAAACCACAAGCUGCAUAUCAAAAGGAGGAUUUAGAGUAUGAUUCAGAAGAGGAUGAUCAGUUUGUGGACGAAGAUAACGUAGACUCAGAGGAAGCUUUACAAGGAACUAAAAACAUGCUUACUGAAUCACAAAAAUUUGCUUAUUUGGGUAUAACAAAAUUACUUACAGUGGAAAUGGCUACUGAAUUAGCUAAGUUACAAAUUGGAACAUCUGAUCGUAUAGCUAAGCAAAUGAGUUUAGGUCAGAGAAAUUUCUCUAAUUGGACAAUGUAUGUAAUGACAGAAUUAUAUUCUCACUUAGAUGCUAAUAAUGAUGAAAAGAAAAUGAUUGAAAAUUUAAGUAUUCAUGGAUUAGAAGUUACUGAUCUUUCCAAUAGUUUAAAAGAAGUUGGAUCAAAUGCAAAAAUAAGACUGGUCAAUAAUCAAAUAGAAGCUGAUUUUGAUUUACGUUGGGUUAUUAUUUGUGAUUUGUUUCUUGAACUUUUAAAAGAUGGAUAUUAUGACUGUCGUUCAAGAACAUUACUCAAGAGAUUUGCUAAAACAUUAGGCAUUCAAAAGGUUGAGUUAUUACAAUUCGAAAGGAGAUUAAUUGAUAGUUUGGAAUUGGAAACAAAGGAAAAAUCAAUUGAAAAUAAAGACGAAUUGUUGAAUGAUAAACUGUUCAUCAAUAAACACAUAAAAAAGAAUAGAAGAAGACGUUUAGCAUAUAUAGGGUUAGCUACUCUUGGUGGUUCGUUAGCUAUUGGUCUUUCUGCAGGUUUAUUAGCUCCUGUUAUAGGGGCUGGGUUGGCAGCUGGUCUUACAACAGUAGGUAUCACAGGAACAACAGGGUUUUUAGCCGGUAUUGGAGGUAGUGUAAUAAUUACUACAGGUGGUGUUGUUGCUGGAGCCAAAGUUGGAUCUAAAGCAGGAGCAAGAAGAUCAGGUGAUGUUCAAACAUUUCAACUUAAACCUUUGCAUAAUAAUAAAAGAACAAAUCUAAUUAUAACAGUCAGUGGAUGGAUGAAUGGUGCUCUAGAUGAUGUUAGAUUACCAUUUUCAACCGUUGAUCCAAUUAUGGGAGAUAUGUUUUCUCUUCUUUGGGAACCAGAAAUGUUGCAAUCGAUGGGUCAAACUAUAACUAUUUUAGCUAGUGAAGCAUUAUCAACCUCCAUUCAACAAAUUCUUGGAGCAACAAUCUUAACUGCAUUAAUGGCUGCUAUCCAAUUACCCAUGGCUCUUUCAAAAUUAUCAUAUUUAUUAGACAAUCCAUGGAAUGUAUCUUUGGAUAGAGCAUGGAAGGCGGGAAAGAUAUUAGCAGAUACUUUAAUAGCUGGUAAUGUCGGAGUGAGACCAAUUACUUUAGUAGGAUUUUCGUUAGGUGCAAGACUUAUCUAUUCUUGUUUAAUUGAAUUGGCUAAACGUGGUGGAUAUGGUCUUAUAGAGAAUGUCAUAUUACUUGGAAAUCCAAUAUCAGUUAAAGAUGAUCAACUUGCUUUGGCUCGUUCUAUUGUUAGUGGUAGAUUUAUAAAUGGAUACUCCACUAAAGAUUGGGUUUUAGGUUAUUUGUUCAGAGCCACUGGUGGUGGAUUACUGACUGUUGCUGGUCUUUCACCAAUUACCAGUGUUAAUAAUAUUGAAAAUAUUGAUUGUACUAACCUUGUUGAAGGUCAUAUGUCAUACAGAAAAGCUAUACCUAAGAUUUUAAAAUUGAUGGACUGGGAAGUCUUAAGUGAAGAAUUCGCUGAAAUUGAAGAACCAGAUCCAGAACAAAGUGAAAGAGCUAGAAAGUUAGUAAGUGAGUUUGAUGAAGCAAGAGCUAAAAUGAAAGAAGAAAUGAAUUCAGAAGCUCAACCUAAGGGAUGGAAGAAAUGGUUUAAACCUAAGAAUAGAGAUUGGUGGGAAACAGUUGGAAAAGCAGAGGCCGAAAAGGAAGGAAAUAGUAAUAAGAGUAGCAUAGAUGAAUAUGAAGUUGAAGAAGGAGAUACGACAAUGUCAUCAGAUGUUGUACCUGUUUUUGAUCUUCAAGCAUUACAGAAUGAAAUUAAUGAUAUUGGAAAGCUAGCUGGUGAAGAUGAGAAAGAAUUGGAAAAAGCAAGAACUGAAUUAGAGCCACCAAAACCAGAAUUGGUAACUAAUGAAGUUCUUGAGGAUGUAAAAUAG